UUUCGGAAUCCGGGCCUGAACUGUCUCAGCCAUCCGGCCCUUGCAAACCUGGCUCGGUGUGUGUUCAACCCGUUUCUUCCCUACACGGAUGCUUGUUUGUUCUCUGGGUCGCAGAAACACAUGCCAGUCCUGAGGAUGUUCCUGCGGAUGUGCGGUCCGGGAAUUUGAACGCUGCCCUCCCUGUAGUCGUGAAGGCGCCAGUCUGGUUCCAGGCAGUGUGGCUGGGCAGCCCUGCGGUGACUCCUCUCGUUUCGGGGAUGUCCGCUGCGUGCCUCGCAGCACCGGUGUUCCUUUCCCAAGUUCUGCGAGGGAGCAUAGAGUAGCCACAGGCUUUCUUGCAUCUGAUUUUAUUACGUUCUGGCGGCAAAGAUGCCUGGGAAAAGGCCCUCGAGUGCCAAAAUGGAACGGAAAAUAAUUACCCCCGACAUAAAAUUGGGAGUAUUAAGACGAUUUGAAGUGGGGGAAAAGCUCGGCCACAUCACGAAAGCUUUAGGCCUCACUGUCUCUACAGUGGCCACGAUACGAGAUAAAAAAAUAAAAACGAGUUCACAAAAAGCUACUCCUUUGAGAGCCCCUCGGUUGACUCGCCAUCGGAGUGCAGUCAUGGAGACCACAGAACGAUUGUUGCGUGUGUGGCUUGAAGAUCAGAGCCAGCGAAUCGUGCCCCCGAGUGUCACCAUUAUUCAGGAGAAGGCUAAGAGUCUGUUUGAUGCCUUACAGCGUGAACAAGGUGAAAGCUCUCAAACAGAAAAAUUCAGGGCAAGUAAAGAGUGGUUUGUGAUUUUCAAGGAGUGCCAUUGUUUGCCCCACAUCAAGAUGAACAGCAGUGCUCCUGGCAACAAGGAUACAUAUUCUGAAGUGCUGAAAAGCAUCAUCGAAGAAGGUGAGUACAGCUCCCAGCAAGUUUUUGGCGUAGAUGAGACAGGAGUUUAUUGGAAGAGAAUGCCUGAAGGAACAUUUAUUUCUGUGGAAGAAAAAACUGAGCCAGGGUUUAAAUCAUCCAAAGAUCGCUUGAUGCUGCUUCUUGGUGGCAAUGCAGCUGGGGACUUUAAGUUGAAGCCUUUAUUGGUGUACCACUCAGAAAACAUCAAAGCUCUGAAGCAGUACUCCAUGCCCAAUUUGCCUGUGAUUUGGUGCUCAAUCAAAAAGGCCUAGGCAACCAAAAGCAUCUUUCAUGAAUGGUUCACAUAUUUUUUUUACCCUCCAUUGAAAAAUACUGUGCCCAAAAUAAUCUCACCACCAAAGCAUUGCUCAUCCUAGACAGUGCACCAUGCCACCCUAUAAAUUUGAAUGAUCUGUCUGAUAAUGUAACAGUGGAAUAUCUUCAUGACCGUACAGCUGACUUGAUCCAGCCCAUGGGUCAAAGCAUAGCCUCUACCUUCAAAGCCCUUUACCUGUAAAGGACUUUUGAGCACAUCCUAGAAGCAACAAAUGGAGAGGAUACAGCUAUGAUUAGGGAGUUUUGGAGAAACUACAUCAUGGUUGCUGUAGAUAACAUUGCAGUAGCUUGGGAGCAGCUCACACCAGCAACAAUGAAUAGUGCGUUGAAGAUUUGGCCUGAGUGUGUUUAGUUCCAGAGUGUUUCCCAAACAUAACAUCUUACAGCUUCAACAAAACAUUGUAACCCUUGCCAAGAAUGUGGCUUUGGAAGAGGUUGUAGAAGCUGAUGUGGACCAGUUGCUGCGGUCUCAUGAGGAAGAUCUCUCAAAUGAGGAGCUGGUGCAUCUGGAA